GUUCCUGUUCGUCAGCCUGCUUGGUUUCUGCCAUGCAUGCAUUCCUUCAAUAGGGAGAGGCCACCCCCAUCCUAGCCUUCCCCCAUCAAGGGGGAAGGGAGUUUUUCUUGGGGUUAGCUCCACAUGAUUUGCAACAGGCGCGGAUCGGCUCGACCGUUGUCGAAGCGCUCGCCGAAGCCUGCGGAGCGGAUGCGCUGUACAUACUCGCGCACUUGUCGGCGGCGAAUCGCCAUCAGCUUGCGCGCGCCUUCGUCGUACUGGUUGAUGCCGCCGCCGAGCAGGAUCGCCAUAGCCUCGCUGCUG